CAGCCGCAGGUUUCCAUCCCCGCUGGGACGCGCGCCCACUGGAGACGGCCCCUGGGGUCGCCCGCGCGGUCCCGUUCCUGAUGAGGAAGGAGACCACGGGAGAGAUUCAGUGACCACCCAGCAUUACCUGAGAAGUAAGGUGCAGAGGCCCAGUGCACUGUGAUGUCAUUACUCGACUAAAAGAGGCAAAAUGAAGGACCGACUAGGAGAACUCGUGGAGUUAACCAAGCAGUAUGACCAGCAGUUCCCGGACGACGACGAUGAUUUUGACUCGCCUCAUGAGGACAUUGUGUUCGAGACGGACCACAUCCUGGAAUCAUUGUACCGAGACAUCCAAGACCUUCAGGAGGAAAACCAGCAGCUGAUUGCCGACGUGAGGCGCCUGGGAAAGCAGAACACCCGCUUCCUCACGUCCAUGCGGCGCCUCAGCAGCAUCAAGCGGGACACCAACUCGAUCGGCAAGGACAUCAAGGCCCGGGGCGAGAGCAUUAACCGCAAGCUGGGCGCCAUGAAGACGCUGAGCGAGCAGGCGGAAGUCCAGCACGGCGCGCACUCGGCCGUGGCGCGCAUCACGCGUGCGCAGUACAGCGCGCUCGCCCGCACCUUCCAGGCCGCCAUGCACGAGUACAACUGCGCCGAGAUGAAGCAACGCGAGAACUGCAAGAUCCGCAUCCAGCGCCAGCUGGAGAUCAUGGGCAAGGACGUGUCGGGCGACCAGAUCGAGGACAUGUUCGAACAGGGCAAGUGGGACGUGUUCUCCGAGAACCUGCUGGCCGACGUGAAGGGCGCUCGGGCGGCCCUCAACGAGAUCGAGAGCCGCCACCGCGAGCUGCUGCGGCUGGAGGGCCGCAUCCGCGACCUGCACGACCUCUUUCUGCAGAUGGCCCUGCUCGUGGAGCAGCAGGCGGACACCCUGGACGUCAUCGAGCUCAACGUGCAGAAGACCGUCGAAUACACCGGGCAGGCCAAGGUGCAGGUGCGCAAGGCUGUGCAGUACAAGAAGAAGAACCCCUGCCGGACGAUCUGCUGUUUCUGCUGCCCCUGCCUCAACUAGCAAGUGGCCCGGGACCACCACACUCCCAUCCCUGAGCGGGAUGGACAGUUAAGCGCUCUGGGGGUAGAUUUUGAGGCCAUCUGCCCUGGGGUGAGUUGCGCUAAUCACUAUGGACCUGAGCCCUUAGAAAAAGGGGGGAAAAAAAAACACGAGGUGCAAGAAUUCCAGCCCAGCUCGUACUUGGAACAAGGGUCCCACCCGCUGAUUCUUGAGUCAUGACAGAUGCCGGCUGAAGUUUUAUGAGGUCGUUUAAAGGGCACAUAGCACCCUUGCCUCUUAAAGGAAGCCAAAUAAGGAACUGACGUUGUGACAACUCUACAGUAGAUGUCCAAGGCAUGUUUGUACAUGAACCUCUGGCCGGAAGUCACUUCUGGAUCGGCUCACAGUAUGAACUUGUUAUCAAAAUUCCAGUUCGUUUACCUUAUCCUGAAAGUACCUCUGUUCUGUUCCUUUUCGAGUGAAACUGACCUUGGGAAAAACUGCACAUCUUCCAUUUCUGAGUCUUACUCUGGUUUAUGCUAUGCGAUCCACAUCUGAAUGUAUAUCUUCUGCUCACAUCCUCUACUUACUAAAAUCACAUUUAACACUUAGGAUUUCCUUACCUCUUUACUUUCAGUGUCUUCCAUCAGAAUACAUUAUGGGAUUUUUUUUUCCCCCAAAGUUUUUUGAGCACUCAGUAUUGAACAAGCACUCAAAUUGAAGUAUGUAUAUCACAUUAUAUAUUUUUUCAUAAAUAAAAAUAAUUUAAAAUUUAUCUUUUUACUUGAUAAUUAUGAAUACACUUAUAUGUUAAUGUAAAGUGCCAAUAUUUACUAAUAUAUGUACAUAAUGACCAGUUGGUUUAGCUUUACCUUUGUAAAUAUGAUAUAUAAAUAUCAAGAAAAACAUUUUUACUGUGUUGAUGUUGGUUUGCUUGUUUUGAGUUUAUCUCGCUCCUGUCUGCAUCUCCAUAGUUCAGUCUGGAUCAAACCACCCAAGUUUGUUUUGAGUUAGUUGGUUAUGGUGGUAAAGAACAGAUAUCAAAUACUGAAAAUACAUACAGAGUUAGAAAUAUUAAAAAAAAAAUCUGAGAAAUAAUUACUUUUGUUUUACUGUGACCCAUUCCUUUUGUGCAUUGAAAUGUAGUAAUUUAAAAUAAAUGUUGUUUUUCAAGUUAAAUAAACAUUACAUUAUAAGCA